UUAUUUAUGUGUCAUGUACAGAAGGAGAAAACGAUCUGGGUGUACGAGGAUCUCCGUUGUAUAUGGCUCCAGAGAUUGUACUUACUAAGAGCUAUUCACCUAAGGUUGAUAUCUGGUCAGUUGGGGUCAUUUUGUUUGAAGCACUGUUUGGACGUGCUCCGUUCUCCAGUUCAACGUUAGAGGAACUAAUUCAGAAAAUCAAGGAAGAUAAGGAUGUGAGUAUACCCGGAGAUAUUAGUUUAAGCCCUGAGUGUCGAUCCUUUCUCUCCUCCUGUCUACAGAGGAACCCUGAGCAGAGGAUGGGAUUUAAGGAGUUAAAAGAUGAUCAAUUUCUCAAGUUAGAGUUGAGUAUUCCCCAACCACAUUCAGAGGAAAAGAUGGUUGAGAAUGAGAGGUUGGGAGCUGUUGCUGAGAGUACUGGAGACUUGAAACAAUCAAUCAAUUUUUAUGAAACAGCAGCAGAAUAUGCCAAAACAUUAUACUAUUAUACCGAAGACGAGAGUUUACGCGGGAAAUAUAAGAGUUCCCUCCGAGGAUACCAAACCAAACUAUUCAAUCUGACACGUGACCAGCUGCCAAGUCGAGAGGUUGCCCGCCAGCAGGUUGUCAACAAUUCUCUUCCAAACUACGCUGAACUCUAUCAUUUAGCGAAGAUUACUCCUGGUAUGGAAGGAGGUCUGGAGAUCUGUAUUGCUGCCAGAAACUAUCAAUUGCAAGGAGAUAUUGAGCAAGCUGUAGAUAGGUAUACUGCGGGACUAGGGGUACUGGUUCCACUACUCCAGAAGGAACCCAAGGGAACCAGGCGUGAUUUGCUGCAUGAAGCAGUUAAGUGCUGGUUACAGCAGGCAGAAGCAUUGAAGGAUACUUUACAGAUACAGCAGGAUACACUACAUUAA